CAACCAACCCGAACAAGAAAGAUGGCAAGCAAACCAGGGAACAGUAAAGUUCCUAGCAGACAGACAGACAGAACCCUAAGAUACGAAAGAAGGACAGUCAAAGAAGCAACCCCGCUCAGAACUCAACCGUACGCAAAGAAACCCAACACUCAAACAAAACGACCACAAACUCCCACAACCCGAACUGAAACCAAACAGCUUCGAACCCAAACACUUCCAGACCAAGAAGAUCCACCCACUCAUCAAACAAGAGAAUACACCCAGACGGAAGCACAACAGAACACCUUGCCCAAACAGAGUUGGGAUGAACAG